UCAAAUGAAUUUGUUCCGCAGAAAGAAAAAACUUGUAACGCUUCAAAGCAAUCAAAUGAAUAUGUUCCGCAGAAAGAAAAAACAAGGGAAAAACAGCGAUGUUCACAAAGGCUCCGAGAACAUCGCCAAACAAUGGAAAACUCUAAGCGGAGAAAGCAACUGGAAGGGAUUAUUAGACCCUCCCGGACCCGAUCUCCGUAGCUACAUCAUCCACUAUGGCGAAAUGGCUCAAGCGACCUACGAUGCUUUCAACUCGGUUAAGGUUUCAAAGUAUGCGGGAACCAGCCGGUAUGCACGCAAGGAUCUGUUGUCCAGGGUCGGUGUUACUCAAGGGAGGCCGCUCAACAAGUAUCAGGUGACUAAAUACAUAUACGCGGCCUCAUCUAUCGCGCUUCCCGAUGCGUUCAUCGUCAAGUCGUUGUCUCGUGAGGCGUGGAGCAAGGAGUCGAACUGGAUGGGGUUUGUAGCGGUGGCUACAGAUGAUGGGAAGUUGGUGUUAGGGAGGAGAGACAUUCUGGUUGCAUGGAGAGGAACUAUUCAAACUUUGGAGUGGGUUAAUGAUUUGGAUUUCACGUUGGUUUCAGGUCCAAAAAUAUUUGGUGAAAACAACGAUGAUGAUCCUAAAAUACACCAAGGAUGGUACUCAAUCUACACUACUGAAGAUCCGCGUUCGCCUUACAAUAAAACUAGUGCAAGGGAUCAGGUACUGACAGAGGUGAAGAGACUAGUGGAACAAUACAAGAAUGAAGAAAUUAGCUUGACAAUAACGGGACACAGUUUGGGUUCAGCUAUCGCGACCCUAAACGCGAUUGACAUGGUCUUAAACGGUAUCAAUAAGCCGAAAGGAAUGCCAAACAAGACCUGCCUCGUGACCACCUUUGUGUUCGCUAGCCCUCGUGUUGGAGACUCCACGUUCAAGAAAGUAUUUAGUUCACAGAACAAUCUUCAUGCCUUACGCAUUCGCAACGCAUUAGAUGUUGUUCCAAAUUACCCUAUAAUCGGGUAUUCGGAUGUUGGGAUGGAGUUGGUAAUCGAUACUACAAAAUCUGGUUAUUUGAAGAGUCCCGGGAGUUUGUCGAGUUGGCAUAGCUUGGAGGCUUAUAUGCAUGGUGUUGCAGGGACACAAGGCAGCAAGGGAGGGUUUAAGCUGGAAGUUAAUCGUGAUAUCUCACUUGUGAACAAACAUUUGGAUUGUUUAAAGGAUGAAUAUGGUAUUCCUGCUUCUUGGUGGUGUGAGAAGAAUAAUAGUAUGGUCCAGAAGGAAGAUGGUUCUUGGAUGUUAAUGGAUCAUGAAGAUGAUGAUUUCUAUCCAUGAGAUAUGCACAUUUCUAUUCAACCCGGCCCCUACAUUAUUCAGUUAUAUUAACUUCUUUUAUUCUAUUGCUUGUGUUGUGUUUAGUUUCUUAAUCUUUUGAAUUACAAUUAAUGUAAUUCACUCUUUUAAUACUGAGCUUCUCUGAAAA